AUGAAGUUCAUGAAGUACGCUAUCUUUUUUUACACCUUAGUGGGCAUUGAGCCGUACACGAAGUCCGCUCGUCCGCGGAAGAGCAGCGUUUGGGCCAAUCUCCUGUUUUGGACCAACGUGAUCAACCUGAGUGUCAUCGUAUUCGGGGAGUUCCUCUACCUUGGAGUGGCCUUUGCCGACGGAAAACUAAUCGACGCCGUCACUGUAAUGUCCUAUAUCGGCUUCGUGUUCGUGGGCAUGAGCAAGAUGUUCUUCAUCUGGUGGAAGAAACCAGAUCUAAGCGAUAUGGUCGCAGAGCUGGAGCACAUCUAUCCCCAAGGCAGGGCCCAGGAGGAGGAGUAUCGGCUGGAGAGCUAUCUCCGCUCCAGUUCCCGGAUCAGUAUCACAUUCGCUCUGCUCUACUCGGUGCUUAUCUGGACCUUCAAUCUUUUCAGCAUUAUGCAGUUCCUGGUCUACGAGCUGUGGCUCAAGAUACGAGUCGUGGGCCAGAGCCUGCCGUAUCCGGUGUACUUUUCCUGGAACUGGGAGGGAAACUGGUCGUACUAUGUGUUGCUGUUUUGCCAGAACUUGGCGGGACACACCUCGGCCUCCGGUCAGAUCUCCACGGAUCUCCUGCUCUGCGCCGUGGCCACACAGGUGGUGAUGCACUUCGAUCACCUGGCCAGGGUAAUGGAGAGUCGCGACCUAAGUGGCUCCUGGGCCGAGGACUCUCGGUUCCUGGUGGACACAGUCCGCUACCAUCAGCGCAUACUCCGCCUGACUGAUGUCCUAAAUGAUAUAUUUGGAAUUCCUUUGCUGCUCAACUUCAUGGUCUCCACAUUUGUCAUCUGCUUUGUGGGAUUCCAGAUGACCGUGGGUGUGCCGCCAGACAUAAUGAUCAAACUCUCCUUGUUUCUAUUCUCAUCGCUCUGCCAGGUUUACUUGAUAUGUCAUUACGGGCAAUUGAUUGCCGAUGCGAGUUCUGGCCUGGCUAUCGCUGCCUAUAAACAAAAUUGGAACCAUGCCGAUGUUCGUUAUCGUCGUGCCCUUGUCUUCUUUAUAGCUCGAGCGCAAAAGACUACCCAUCUGAAGGCCACUGUCUUUAUGAACAUAACCAGAGCCACCAUGACAGAUCUUCUUCAAAUAUCCUACAAGUUCUUUGCAUUGCUCCGGACGAUGUACGUCAAGUAA